AUGUUUCGGACUGCUGUCAGGUGGGUGAGAAAUCGACGACGAAACGCGAAAGAUGUGGCCCGGAUCUUGCUUGCAAUCACCCUGGAGCGACGCCGACAUCGCCAUAUCAUGAGAGCCCAUGGUCUGACACGGGGUCUCAGCAAAUAUCACCGCCCAAAGCUCAGUGCUUGCGAACAAAACUACUCUCACGUUGCACAUCCAACUACCCCUUUAAGACGAAGUGUGCAACUUCCCUUCGGAGUCAUAUCCAUUGGGGCUGAUAGUGUUGGGGAGGACGAGGAGAAGCAGUUAAACACCGCAGUCUAUCAGCCCGACGACUAUAUCGACGUGCUGCGACCGAGGAGCAAAAGGGGCAUACGCCGGCCUUUUUCUGGCCACCCACUCUAUAUUCCAAAGACGCGCCGCCAUGGCAAGCUAAGGAAGGCUGUGCCUUUGGAGCGGAUGCAAAAAUCCCCUCUCUCUGCGAUCACCGAGUUCAGUGAUCCUUCGACAGGUGGCUCACCGGUCACGCCCGAAUUUCCAGCGGAGCCCGUGACGGUCGCCACACAUGAAAAGCCAGUUUCCCACCCAGGAAACCAUACUACCACUCAAUGGCCUUUGAGCGAUGCAAGCACGAGAAACUCUGAUAUCAUUCCCACCGAAGUCAUGUCAAUAGCAGUACGAGAAAGCGUCCUCAUGAGGAAGGGGGGUCCAAAACACAGUCAAGCUGCAGCUCCACAAUCUGCAGCAGUUCCUCGCUCAGUCAGCUUGACAAGCGUGGCUUCUUUGGCCCCCGACGAGCCAUUACCGCCUUUGCCGACAAUUCAGGUUCCUAGGCAAUUCAGGGCAAGAGCCUCGACUACCAGUUUGGACACGGUUGGCAGCUCGAUCUUGGGCACAGACCUUGGCGCUUCCAAACUCGAAUUGAACCGACAAUGUACUACUCUCAGACUACGGCGUGACCAGGAGUUCUUGACUCCGAGGCUUCAAGCGCCUCCAGCCAAGCAAACAAUACAUGGUCUUUGUACGGGCCAGCCGAGCAUUCGAUCUCUUCAUCCAACUGUCGACACGGACGAUCUAAGCCCAGGGAGUACGAUCAAAGUCUCGACUGCACCACCAUUUCCAACAAUCAUUGUCCAAGAGGAGUCGUACAAAGUCAUCGAUGCGAGUGACUGGGAUUUACCACCGCUCAGAAUCGGUAAAACAAGGCAUCCGCCGAACCAACAAAAUCGACAUUCAAUGAUCGAACAAUCAAGAAGCGCUAGCUACCGAGCCGCCAGUGACUCCGCGACAAGCCUGCUUAUUCCCGACGAAGACAUCCUUACUGUACCGGAGAUUCCGAAGAGACCCAAUUCAGUAGCCACUGGCAAUCCCUUGAAAUGGGACCGACAAGGUAGCUUUGCAACAAAGCGACAUUCGCUAUCUGCCUUGGAUGGGCCGAAGCGAGGACACAAACGGCAGAAUUGCGUCCGGAUAACCAAUCUGGCUUGUCCGGAUCCGAGGCCACAAGGCGCCAUGCGGCUGCCAGAUCUUAGAGAGGAGCAGAAUCAAUUAACUUGUGCCACUACGCUCGACAUGGAUGAGUCGUUCCAGGCGCUUGAGAUCAAGCAACCGCAACCAACGUUCAAACCAGUGCAAUCAGAGUUGUCCACCAAAUCAUCUACGACGCCAGUACCGUCUCCUUUUCGUAAUGCACCAAUCCUGACACCCACACCUCGCCGCUCGCGGAAACAGUACAUACAACGUCCCGACAGUGCAACGUCAGGCACACCCAGACCAGAUUCGGAGGUUUUAAGUCCCAGCGACAUGGCCAUACUAAUGUCGAAGCGUUGCAACACAACACCGCGCCAGUGGCCACUCUCGCUAAGCUCAAGAGCCGACGUUCUUUUGGGGGAUACGCCACCAUCGUCGCAGGCAUCAGGUCGGUUUCCCUUCGAAUCACCCACGUUACCUUCUCCUGCUCUGGACUCAGCGUCUCUGUUUCCUCGCAAGUCGCUCGUGAAAGGCCCACGCGGCCCGCGGAAUCUGAGUCAAGGCAGCCACGCGGCUUCCGUAAGUCCACUGCAAAACAAAACUGGUCCAAGCUACCGCGUCACGAAGGCUCGGGACUCCAGCUCGCCGGGAGAGGUCGCUCUUCGUAAAUCAGUCAUGAUGCUGCGAAGCAUGGACUCAGAGGGGUGCCUCCUUGACCAGCGGAACACCAAGAUCUCUAACCACGGCGCGGCGGGAAAUGACAGCCCUGACAUCGUCACACGGCUGUCUCCGCUAGUGAAUAAGCGUGUCAUGGGUCUCCGAAGCGCAAGCUGUACACCAUCGUCCAUGAGCGCGCCUCGGCCUGGGUCAUUGGAAAGGCAGCCGGCCAGUCGCGGCUCGAGCCCGUUGGCACGGUCGGGCUCGAAUAUGAACAAGCCACCCCAAAGCAGGGCGGCAGCACGGACCUCGUUGCAUAGCGACCUCGACCUGCCACCACCAGUCAUGUGCGUGUCACCGUCCGUGAUGUCUAUCGGCGGCGGCUCGAUCUGGGAAGAUGUCAGUGUGCGCGGUGACAGCCCGGAGCCUGAAGUCCACGUGGCGCCACUGGCUUUGCGGUCACGGACAGACCACAACCAGCAACGGUACCCCUCAGCCUCGACAUUCCAAGCCGCCCGGGGUGAUGGCGAGGAUUUCUUUGAUACACGACAAGGAGGCGGAGUAGGGCAUGGGCAGUACCUCUUCCCGCCGCACGGCGCGCCUUUUAUAGGGGCCGACGCGGAAAACUCGCAUCUAGUGCAGCAACUGGAACGCGCCGUCAGCAGCGGACGGUGGAACCACUACAAGGACAGCGUUGGUCCAGGCGACGACGACGACCCGUACGUGAAUAAUGUGGCUCCAACUCAGUACCACGCACGCGGGCGGCGAGACAUUGAUACCUUCCAACUUCCGUAUCACACCAGGAAGGAAAUCGGGCUGGGCCUGCGCCUCGGAAGCUCCACGGUACGGAGUCCAUAA